GGCGCGCGCUACCGACGCUCCCGGGGCGGGGCGGGGCUGAGCGGCUCACAAGAUGGCGGCGGCGCGCGGCGCGGUGCGGCAGGGACGGCGCAUCUUCGACAUCUUCGUGGCCGAGAUUCCAUGGACCGUGUCGAGCAAGGAGCUGAAGGAAUACUUCUCGCAGUUCGGCUCGGUGCAGAGGUGCCAGCUGCCCUUCGACAAAGACACAGGCUUUCACAAACGUUACUGCUGGAUUAAAUUCUCAUCUCCAGAAGAGGUUCAGAAUGUGCUUCAGAAGGAUUCCCACAUACUGGAAGGCACUAAGGUGCAGCAGUAAGUUCAGAUGCAUGAGAUGAGGAUAUACCACUUGUAACGCUUUUACACCCAACUGAAUAUUAGUUAAACGUGAAAUCCUAUUGGCAUUAACUCUCUGCAACUUCAGCAACUGCAGGAUCAACUGAAAACAACAAAAGCCCAUUAAAAUAAAAGAAUUCCACUGAUGUUCUUCAAA